AUGGGUUUGGGUUAUACCCGAUUUCAACCCUAAUCAUGAAUCAUCCUCCUCCAACUCCACUUCUGCCCCACUUCCUCGUCGAUCGCCCCCUACCACCACCUUCAGCCUCCGCCUCCGCCUCCGCCUGCGCCAUCGCCAUCGCCAUCGCCAUCGCCAUCGCCAUUGCCGCCUGCUGGGUAACCUCACCUGCACCUCCUCAAAACAUACGCUUCUCUGCCUUUUCCACCGUCACCAGCACCUACUCAAAAGAUAGGUCUCUAUUCUCGGUGUACGGCAGCCGUUUCCAUCUCCAUCCACAGUCUAACGCUGCUGCUGCAAUCUCCGGCCAUAGUCUACCUCUGCUUCUUUUGGUUGAGCAAUUGUGGAGAAAGUUGGCAUUGAGAAAAUAGAUAAAGCCUUCUUUAGUUGAGGCUCAAUUUCUUCAUUUCUCGUUUUGGAAUCAUACUUGUGGUCAACGAAUAUGAUGGUCUCUUGCUUUUUCUCUUUGUUUCCCCUUCAAGUUGCAAGCUGGUUUUGGAAGGCAAAGAUCAGCUGGUGAUGAUUGAUUGGUGUGGAAUCACUAAACAUUUGCACUGAGUCUACAAAUAUAUAAUCUUGCUCCUGUCAGGCCAUCAGUUUUUCCUGGCUCAUCAUUACUACUAAUCCACAAACCAUGAAAUUAGGUACUCUAUGUCGAAUUGCUCGUUCUUGCCCCAACGUGUGCACAAAAACCAACUUUUUACAGCACAGGUGUUUUCAACCUGACUUUGUUCCAAGAGAUCCCAAAGCCAAGCCCAAGAUAUACAAAUACCCUGCUUUCUAUGAUCCAUAUGGGCCGAGACCUCCACCUUCAGACAAGAUUGUUCAGCUUGCUGAAAAAAUUGCAUCGCUGCCCCCAGAAGAGCGAAUGCAAAUCGGCCCAGCUCUGAGGAAUAAGGUAAUGCAUCCCAUGUUGCAACGUAUUUCUGUUGAAGGAAUGGAUUUGGGUUCCCAAGUGGGCGCACGCGCUGGAUCUUCUAAGGCUGAGGAGAAAAAGGCUGAGAAAACCACUUUUGAUGUCAAGUUAGAGAAAUUUGAUGCUGGUGCAAAACUAAAGGUGAUUAAAGAGAUUCGCUCCUUUACGGAUCUAGGAUUGAAGGAAGCUAAAGAUUUGGUUGAGAAAGUACCAGUUAUUCUCAAGCAACAAGUGACGAAAGAUGAGGCAAACAGUAUCAUAGAGAAAAUCAAAGCUGUCGGUGGAGUUGCAGUGAUGGAAUAAUGCUCUGUUCCGUUUUGUAGGGUGUUUUAGAUUUUUAUUAGUCUCACAACGAAGUUCAUCUUUUUCACAGCCGAGGGGAAUAAUUACUUCAGGACGAUUUAUUAUUCAGAAGCAUUAAAGCUCAAGCUAAACCGUUGGCUCUGCUCACUAACCUGUCUCUG